GGGGCGGGGCCUGGUCACGUGCUGUGCCGUGACGCAUCUCCCUCCAACGGCCUCGCGGCCCCGGGGCAGGAGGCGCGCGCCCGAGGGGCAGCGGCGGGCGGGCGCGCGCAUCGGGAGCGCGCGAAGACACGUGACACCGUCCUCCUCCAAUAGGGAGCGCGGGAUUCGCGGGGGGGAAGCGCGUCCCCGAGCGGCGGCGGGAGCGACGGGAGCUGAGGGAGCGGAGAGAGCGAGAGAGAGAGCGAGAGCGCGGCCCGAGCAGCCCCGAUCCCCGAGCGAGUGAGGGAGUGAGACCCCCGGCCUCUGGCGAGCCAUGUCCGAGGAGAAGCCCAAGGAAGGAGUGAAAACCGAGAAUGAUCACAUCAACCUGAAGGUAGCCGGGCAGGAUGGGUCAGUGGUCCAGUUCAAAAUUAAGCGACACACACCUCUGAACAAGUUAAUGAAGGCGUAUUGUGAGAGACAGGGCCUGUCAAUGAGACAGAUUCGAUUCAGAUUUGAUGGACAACCAAUUAAUGAGACAGAUACCCCUGCACAGCUGGAGAUGGAGGAUGAAGACACAAUCGAUGUGUUCCAGCAGCAGACAGGGGGAGCGUGUUAGGCGCAUGGGCCGGAGCCCCCUGGGUCUUCCUCGGUCUUGGGAUAGGGAAUUGUGGGAUGCUUCCGCCCUGGCAGAGGCUGCGGAUCCAAACUCUUCUCUCUCUGACUCACCGUACGUAGUCUGUGCGACUCCCGACGAUCCUUGCGGGGACGACGCGACACCUCGAAUUGGGCCAAUGUGGAAUGUUCUCUUUGCUGAAGUAAAAGAUUCUUGCUUGUUUGUCCUCACUUUCCUUCCUUCUCUCCCCCACUUUGCUUUGGGGGCCCGGGGUGCUGGCCUCCUGCGCUUGGGAUGCUUUCUGGGCUGCAGCGUCUAAUCAUGUAAAUACUCCAGUCUAGUCACGGCAGUGGGGGGGGGAGGGUGAGUGGGGGUGCCCGUGUGUUGUCAUCAGCUCAAUCAGGAUCCUUCGUGCUGAUCAAUCUGCCAGGCCCCUUGAAAGAAGUGGCAGUGGACGGGGGAUGGGCGGUGGGGAUGGACAGGCCAGAGCGUGGCCUUGACCUUGGGACCUUGAGGGCCCCAAGAGCUCUGGCAGGUGACCCCCUCCUCCCCUCUCUUCCCCCGCCUGCCGAGGGUCCGUGGGACAGAGAUGGGCCCGGCCUGUGCUUCCUCUGGAUGGAUCCCUGGGGCCCCACCAAGUCGCCCCAUCGGCCCCUCAUGGCCUUUUUUGAUCUCGAGGCGCCUCCGCUCGCGUGAACCUGCCUGCUGACCACUGACGGUGACUCUUCCUUUGGCGUUUCCGUGUCUGUGGGCUUGGGCCUGUCUCUUCUCUGAUUUGUAUGUCCUUUGUUGUCCUUUACUACUGUAUACAGUAAAUAUAGUUUGGUACUCUG